GAAAAUAAAAACAAGGCACAUAUGAUGGGAGUAGUCGGCCAACAAAAACAAGAGGAGGAAAGUUAGCAAGCAGCUCCUGCACAUGGGCGGUCAAACAGGAAGGGACAGCUCGUUCCAUCAGCCAACCAAGAAAAUAAGGAGUGCAUUUCUAGUUGCAAUAAAAGAGCUCUUGGCCGCAAGGGAAGUCACAAUUCAGCUGCAGAAACAUAUACACACCCUGCUCCAAUUCGAAGGAAGCAAAGGAUUGAGCUGAAAAUAUACACCCGCAACACUCAGCCGCAAGGAGGAAAAUAUGUAGAUCCAAGGACCGUAGUAAGCAACUAGCAGCAGGAAUAUCUAUCCAUUUACACUUGAAUGUCUCUCCAGUCUCAAUAAGUUUGAUUGAUUUAUCUUCUAUCGUCUUUCAAUUCUUAGCCUUGAUGUUUUAUGCUAGAUUUCUUUCUUAUACUCAUUGUUGAAUAAGCUUAUGAACUCGUUUCUUUUUUGGAUUAACUCAUCAGCUUCGAAUAUCUCUCCAUUUACAUUUGAAUUGAUGUGUACUAGUUCGAAUUUCAGUUUAAUUUUAUGCCUGAAUUAUGUCACUGUUUUGUUUAUUUGUGUUAGUUUCUUGAUGAAUAUGUUAGGCUAAAUCUUCAUGGGGUUUGGAUUUGGAUAAAAUUUAGGUUAAUGGGUGUUCUUGAAUAUUGAGUUAAAUUUGGGAAAAUUCUCUAUUUUUAAGACUGGUUGUUUGAGUUGAAAUUGAAAGAGUAAUUUGUGAAAUUGAUCACUUCACUUGUGAAUUUUUGGAAGAUUAAUUCUUUCUUGUCUAUGAGUUUGGAAUUAAUUUAGCUCACAUCUCACACACCCUAAACUAAACCUAGAAAUAGGACAUGUUAGGGGAAUUAAAAUUAAAUUCUUGUCUAUGAGAAUUAAUGUCACUAUUCUUAGAUUGGAGAAAUUAUCCCAUUUUUAUUCAUAAUCGAUGACACCCAAGAUCCUUAAUUCCAAAUCUAGACCCCACUUUUAAUUAGUUAAUUUAUUGUUACUAGUCACAUUGAAUUUACCUUUUAGCAUUUUAUUUUCAAAACUUUUUUCAUCCACAUGUUCGCUAGUUUAAAUUAGUAUUUUAAUUUCUCUCUCAAUUUAUUUUGCAUGUUCACUACUUUUAGUUUACUCAUUAAUGUCAUUUAAUUAAAUUCCCCGCUACUAGUUUUUUUGUUUAAUUUUAUUUACUUAACCAUUAUCACAAUUAAUCGAUUGAGAAAGCUUGCAACGACUCGUACUAACCGGUGACCGAUAUCAAAACCAACACUUCCCUCCGCCACUCCUCAGAGACACGAUACUCGGGGAUAAACCGAAAGGUUAGACUCCGUUUUACUACAACGCCGCGAAAGCGGGUUAUCAAGUAGGAUCUUGAAACUGCAACGAACAAUUCUAUAGAAAGUACUAUGAGUUGCUUGAUGGACUGGUCAUCACCAUUUGGGGAAGAAAAAUUCUGGUUCUUUAUAAGUCCUUUUUCCAGCCUUCCAUGAGACCACAUACAACUCGAUCAUGCAGUGUGGUAUGAAUUAUAAAUAUGAGGAAGGGUCUGUAACUCUUUAUGGUAUUAUUAUUCUCAAUGGUGUUUCUCUGGUUCUACUAUGUUCUCCUUAGCAUAUUCUAGCAAAUGUGGAUUUUCAAAGGGGAGUAUGAGGAGCCCGACCCAUAAGUUGUCCACACUAGGUGCUUCUAAGAUGCUUCUGCUAUUACACUAGCUGUGGGGGAGCGUGACAACUUUUUUUGCAUCUUCUCCCAUAUACGUCUAGACGACGUUUUAUUACUACCAAGUGUUCGAAUUUGGUAGAUUUCAUUGAGAGAAUUUGAAUUUCGUAGUUUGUGAGCGUUUGAUCAAUUGAUUGUGAUUGAUUGUGAUGUGUCUUUUCUCUUUCCAAUUUCUAAUUAUAAGGCUCUUAAUCAUCAAAUGGACUUAUAUUUUCCGUCUUAUUAUUGCAAGGGAAACUUCGUGAUACUCUGUUUUGGAAAAUUAUUGGAAAAAGUUGAUGAUCUAGAUCAAGAAAGCUAUGUGUUUUUGUUAUAUGCAGUGAUGGACGCAUGUAAAGUUUGUAUUUUUUUUAGUAAACCGUUUGUAUUAUUUUCAAUUAUUGACUAAGAAUAUUAUCUUUUAAAAAUGUUUAUAUACUACUUUAUGUGAAUUGAUAUUAUUUUUUAUUUUAUUUAGUGUUUUUUUAACCAAAAGGAAAAUUUAUUCAAGAGAAGAAAGUACACAAAUUGAAGAUAAAAAGAAAAGGAAAGUAGGAAGUAGGGUGCGUAAUAAAGAAAUAAAAACUCAACUCAAAGAAUAACAUUCCCUCCCUAGAAAAUUAGAAAAUCGUGUGCCCUCCAUCAAAUCUUCAAAGCUCCAUCUGUGUUUAUUAUAUUUUAUUUAGUCUAUACAUGUCAAUGGUGUAAUAUUAUUUCACCUAAUCAUAUAUUAUCAAGUUUCCAUAGGUAGAAGUUACACGAGAAAAUUAGAUUUUGGACUAGACAGACAACUUUCAAAAUAUGUAGAAUUAUAAACACAAGAGCCAAAUACAACAUUUAUCUGAUGUUGAGAUAUUUCUUUGAAAAUCUAUUUCUCCUCAACUUUCAAUAUAUUCAUCUUUUAUUUCAUACAACACAUAUAUGGUCUAUAUGAUGGGAUUUUCUCAAUUAGUUAUUUCUUACCACACACAUAUGAUCUAUAUUGACAAACUUCAUAUUAAAUUAAGACAAAGUUCAUCAAAAGAAUAAGACAUAUGUGGUGUUUCAAUAAGCUAUUAUUUAAUAUGAAAAUUAAUUCGAUCCCCCGACCCCGUCCCGUGCAUCGCAAGGGUACUAUACUAGUUUUGUUAUAUGAGCCAAUGAGUCAUUAUUGAUUUCAUUUAUUGUAUUAAAGUGAUCUUUAUAUCCUUAAUAUAUGAUUAUAUCCUCUACCCUAAACUUAUAUCGUUAUGUUUGUCCAAUCAAUAUAUGUAUAUUGAUGGGGUCACAUACAUGAACAAUAAGAAAAUCAAGUAAUAUGGGUAAUAUAAAUUAAGCUAGAAAUCAAGAAUAGUAUUAUGUGUAUUUUCAAACAAGAAUGUCUUGUGUUUACAAUAGAAUAAUUUUCAAUUUAUCGGAAAAGUAAAUAAUGCUUUAUUAGACGUUUCAUAUGUUGUGACAGUUUCGGACCCGUCAUAAAGACUAUGACAACUCGCACUGGUUAACUCCCUCCUAAAUUACAUCAAUUUUCAUAUUAAUAUACUUCAUGUAAAAAAUGUCCUAACAGUCAACAUUAAGUCUUAUAAAUGUAUCAUCGACUUUCGUGACCAAUUCUAAUAAAUGUAAAAUUAAACCGUUAAAUAUUUGCUCUAACCGUGUACCCAAAAAUUACUCAUUAUUUGUUGGUUCAAAAUGAAUGAUUUGCAUCAAAUUAGUCAUGGAGUGACAUGAGUGUGAUUAAAUCAAAUAAAAUUCUUGGUUUCGCCCUCGCAUGUCUAACACCCGCGUACCCACCCAACUUAAUUUAAUCGACAAUUUGCCUAUGAUAUUGAUAGAAAAAUUGUCUUUGAUACUUUUUUUUUUUCAAAUUCUCUAAGUAUGGCAAACAAAUUUUCUUAAAAUAUAAUCAAAGUUAUUUGCGACAUUAGUCGCAUAAUUAGUGACAUUGAUAAAAUUGAGGAUUUCUUUCAAAAAUAUUACUAAAUUAAAACUUAUUUACAUAAAUAUGAUUAAUAGUUACUAUAAUUUCAUUACUAUUAUAGUCAUCAAUCACAUUUUUAUAAACAAUAUUUAUUCUAAUGAUAAAUAUGUAAUUAUUUCUAAAAGAGACGUAUAAAACAAGAGUUUUUUCUUAAAACAAUGAUGGUAGAAAGGUAGAGUCAAAAAGAAAAAGGGAGAAAAUGACCGAAAACAAGGAAAAUGGCAUGGUCGGUGGGAAGGGUAAAAGAGUAAUCUCAAAUCAUAAAGGUUAAAUUUGCUGCUUACAAUUUUACAAAGUAUUUAUGCUGCUGCUGCUAGCUAGCUCUGUCCCUCCUCAUCCCAUCUCUGCCCAUCUCCCAGAUUAUCCAUGAUCUUAAUUCCUUGUGAUCUACCUAUUAGAGAGCGAUUAAUUAUUAUUAUUAUUAUUAUUAGAAACUAAUUAAUUUAUGAAGCAUUGUUGUUAUUAAUAUAUAACCAUGAAAGCCUCUUCCGCCCUGAUAAUGAUCUUCCUCUGUUCAGUAAUACAGCCACCGCUACCUGCCGCCGCAGUUCUCCACGCAAGCAGUAGCAGCACGCCGCCUUCCGCUGCCGCCGCCAAAUCAUUCAUCUACGACACCUGCAAUUCUGCAAACAACAAGACCACAUCCACAUGCUACGGGUGGCUGUCCGGCCACGCCGGGGAUUUGGAAAAGCUCAAGGUCUACAAGCUGGUCAAGCUGGCCAUGAACCUCACCUUGACAGAGGCCAAGUUCGUGGUCAAGAGCAUAAAGGAUAGUGGUGAGAAGGGACUGGGAGAUUGCUUGGAGACCAUGGGAGAUUGCGUGGACGGUGUGAAAAUGUCGCUGAGUCAGGUGAAGCAUCUCACGCCAAAUCAGACAGAAGUGCUGCAUUUGCAGAUUAGCAACCUGCAGACGUGGAUGAGCGCGGCGCUUACGGAUGAAGAUACGUGUGAGGAUGAAAUCGGAGACGUGUCGGAUACGGGGCUUAAGUCGUUGGUGGCCGAUGGGAUCCGGAAUGUCAGCGGCCAUAUCAGCAUUACCCUCGCUUUGAUCAACCUUUUCGCACACAAGUGUGGCUUUUAAAGUCUUGAUUAAUCUCUCUCUCGUUUUUAUACCAACACAAGUAUGAAUGUUUCGUGUACACAGGAUUUUACACGCCGAUCAAAUGCACAAACACACACAACUUUUGUUUCUGUUUAUGCGAAAAAUGAUUUUUUCACAAAAUGUCGAUCAAAUUGUCUGGCGGCGUGUCAAAUUGUCGGGCGGCAUGUAAAAUGUUGUGUACAAAUAGGAUUAGUCAAUUACGAUAGCAUAUAUUAGUCCCGUAGUCUUUCACAUUUUAAUCUCAACUAACCAUUACUAAUUCGAAUAUACUACUAUUAUUACUAUCGUAUAAUCUAAAUUACCAUCUGUAUCUUUUCAAAAUAGACUGGGCGACCUCUACGAACCAAUUGAGCAUGUCAUCCGGUCCAUCCGGAGAUGCGUCGUUUUCUUAUUGGGUUGCAAUUUUCUCGCUUCUCCUUUUACUUUUACCUCUUUUUUCUUCUUUUACUUUUCCCGUUGAAUAUAUCCUGUAUACAUAAUUUGUUUUAAAUUAUGCUACAAAUAUACAUAUAUAUACACAUGUAUAAUACAUCAUAAAUUCCCGGGUCAUCUAAUAUAUUACUCUCUCCUUCCCAUUUAAAGGUUGUCGUUCACUAUUCACAUGGUCAACUUAAAUCAUUCUUAAUCUCUUACUUUAUAUAUUAAUUUUUUUUUUAUCAAACUUACAUUUUUUUAUCAGCCUUUGUAGCGGUUUUAAUGUAGUUACUGAAUAUGUAAAUUUUAUUUACUAAAAAUAAUCAGAGUGUGAACAGGGAUUAAGUUGUUUUAUUGUCAGUCAAACAUCGUAAACCGUAAUUGGAACCUCCUAAUGGGACGGAGGUAGUACUACGUAAUAUUUACAUUUGAUCGAGAUGAACCAUUAAUUCUCAAUGUUUUAAAUAAUUAGCAUUUUACAUAUUUAUUUAAUAAUAUAAAUAGAUUAAUUAUUCAAGUUUACAUAUUCUUUCGUCCAGAGUCUAGACAACAUCGGUCGUUCCCAAACCAGCGGUAAAAAAUCCCUAAUGGCAGCGCUCGUCGUUUGCCGAUUGGCGUGAGAAGUUCGCCGGAGGAGUCGGUCGGGUGGACAUUAGGGGAUCGCAAAAGCACUGGAGUGUCCUCUCAGGCCGGCGUCACUGUGGAGGAAUCCUAGCAUUGAAAAUCGAGGGCAUCAGGGAGAAGAUUGCAGCGGGCAGUGCAGGGUGCGGCCGAAGUUUGCAUGUGAGUUUUCUUGGGGCGGGUUUUAGCCUCCAAGUGUAGAUGGAUUUCUAGGUUUUAUCCUAGCCUGUUUUCCGGCGGCGAGUGUUUUUUGCUAAGCCCGGCAGUCUUGGCAAAUGAGUAUUAUUAGCUGGAAUUGUCGUGGGCUUGGUAAUCCGGCUGUUGGUAGAAAAUAUUCCAGAUAGAGAAACUAGCAGCAUUUCAGUAUAGUGAAAAUAACAUAGAGAAUACAUGGGGGUGAUGGCCUAUUUAUAGGCAUCCAUCACAAGUCCAAAGCCUAACCUACGCGGGCUUGGCCCAAAUACAUAAUAGAUGUCCAAGCUAUUGGGCGAACAAGCCCGAUAAAUAAGUAAAUGAGCAAUGGGCUAUUUCCGCUCGUGAGACUGUGUCUUGGGCCUAGUUGGGCCAAAGCUCGGGGAUAACGGGCCGACGGCACUGGGCCUGGUCCAUUAUCCCAACACCGGCAACUGUUCAAUGCUUGGCGGAUGUUGUUCAGGCUCAUCAACCAUCUUUGAUUUUCCUCAUGGAAACAAAAAUCUGGUGCCAACGAGCAAAAAAUAUACUAUGGGGGCACGACUUUGGCAAGUCCGUGGGGGUGGAUAGUGCGGGGCUUAGCGGGGGACUGAUAAUCGGAUGGAAUGACGACCUUGAGUUGAAUGUUGUCCAGUGCCAUACAAAUGUUAUUGAUACUACGGUCCGACUUGCCCCAAACGAUCAAGUAUGGAGACUCACCUUUUUCUAUGUGUUGAGGUUUAUUCCUUCAACCUUUGGGUCCAACACGUAAGUCCAAAGAUUUCGAGUGGAGUGGUGUAUGUGUGUAUAAGUAACUAGCCCGACAACAAGUGAGAUGGAUUCAAGACAAUAAGUAGCAAGUAAGAGAUUAGGUAUUAUUAAUCUGUUAAUAACUCCCCAAUACAAUACACUUGCUGAGGCUCGUCGGCCGUACGUCUUACCAGGCAGUAGAAGAGCUGCGAGUAAGAGAAAUAUGAGCUAGAAUGCUAAGGCAGAUAAGUUGCCAACUCCUUACAAUGAAAUAAAUGCUGCUAUUUAUUCCACCAAUGGGCAGUUGGCUAUGCUGACGUGGAGGGCUGUGUGUGGCUGGUGUCCCAACCACCAAAUCUUCAGCAUUAAAUGCGCUUCCCGCCAGAAUAUGGGUUUCCU